ACGCAAACCCCCUCCCGUGGGCAGGUUCCAUAUUGGGUAAAAUCUCGCCUCGCGGAGAGUCUCGGGAGCUGUUAUCGCGAGAGUACGGCGGGAGGCUCCCGGUCGGGGCUCUGCAACCGCGACCACUGGAUCCUCAGCGGGCGCAGCAGCCGGAGCAAAAGUCCAGCGACGCGGCCCGGAGUCAGCCUGGGUGGGAAGAGGGUGCAGGGAGGUUGCAGCGGGCGCAGCCUUGAGCCCCGGAGCGCGCCCCUGCCCUUAGCCGGGCUCGCCCUCGUCGCUGAGGCUAGUCCAGCUGCUGCAGCUGACAGGGGCCGCGCGCGCGGGAGUGUGCGGGGUCGCGGCAGCCGCACCUGCGAGGGCGACCAGCGCUAGGUCCCCGCCCGGCCGGGCGGGCAACGAGGGCCGGGGAACGGGUGCGGGUGCAGGCGGGGGCCCCGCAGGGCCACCUCCUUGCCCCGCAGCUGCCGCUGGAAAAUGUCUCAGGAGAGGCCCACGUUCUACCGGCAGGAGCUGAACAAGACAAUCUGGGAGGUGCCCGAGCGUUACCAGAACCUGUCCCCGGUGGGCUCCGGCGCCUAUGGCUCGGUGUGUGCUGCUUUUGACACAAAAACUGGGUUACGUGUGGCGGUGAAGAAGCUAUCCAGACCAUUUCAGUCCAUCAUUCAUGCCAAAAGAACCUACAGAGAACUGCGGUUACUUAAACAUAUGAAACAUGAAAAUGUGAUUGGUCUGUUGGAUGUUUUUACACCUGCAAGGUCUCUGGAGGAAUUCAAUGAUGUGUAUCUGGUGACCCAUCUCAUGGGGGCAGAUCUGAACAACAUUGUGAAAUGUCAGAAGCUUACAGAUGACCAUGUUCAGUUCCUUAUCUACCAAAUUCUCCGAGGUCUAAAGUAUAUACAUUCAGCUGACAUAAUUCACAGGUGCACGUACUUUUAUUUCUCUUUAAUUUUGCCAGUUGAUAUUUGGUCAGUGGGAUGCAUAAUGGCCGAGCUGUUGACUGGAAGAACAUUGUUUCCUGGUACAGACCAUAUUGAUCAGUUGAAGCUCAUUUUAAGACUCGUUGGAACCCCAGGGGCUGAGCUUUUGAAGAAAAUCUCCUCAGAGUCUGCAAGAAACUAUAUUCAGUCUUUGACCCAGAUGCCGAAGAUGAACUUUGCGAAUGUAUUUAUUGGUGCCAAUCCUUUGGCCGUCGACUUGCUGGAGAAGAUGCUUGUGUUGGACUCAGAUAAGAGAAUUACAGCAGCCCAAGCCCUUGCACACGCCUACUUUGCUCAGUACCAUGACCCUGAUGAUGAGCCAGUGGCCGACCCUUAUGAUCAGUCCUUUGAAAGCAGGGACCUUCUCAUAGAUGAGUGGAAAAGCCUGACCUACGAUGAAGUCAUCAGCUUUGUGCCGCCACCCCUUGACCAAGAAGAGAUGGAGUCCUGAGCACCUGGUUUCUGUUCUGUUGAUCCCACUUCACUGUGAGGGGAAGGCCUUUUCCUGGGAACUCUCCAAAUAUCAUUCAAGUGCCUCUUGUUGCGAAGACUUCCUCCAUGGUGGAAGGGGUGUGUGUGUGUGUACAUGUAUGUGUCUGUCUUUGUGGGAAGGUGAGAGGGUAAUAUGAGUAAACUAUGAUCACAGUGACUUCACAUGGAAUUACAGAUGCUCCAUGGCAAGCCUCCACUUCUUCUUCAUUCUGAGAGUCAGCUCGGGCAGACAAGAACUGCCAUCUUGUUAGGAAAAUGUUAAAUGCAAAGUACAAAAAUAUUAAUUAUCCCUAUCGCAGUCAUGCUUUUGCCACUUUGGCUUCUCCCGUGGCCCCACCUUGAUGGUAGACUUGACCACGUCCACAGUGGCACCGCGAAGAGGCUCAAGUUUUCUGGUUGCUUCAGACGCGAAGCCAUCCCUCAGCGAUGCGUGCAGCCAAAACGGACCAACUGGCCUCUGUUAACUUGCUUAGUAUGGUUCUCGGAACUCAACAGGUGUAUUUGAAACUGUAAAUAUGUUUGUGCCUUAAAAGGAGAGAAGACAGUGUAGCUAGUUAAAAGACUGCCGCUGCUGAAGUUCUGAGCCGGGCAAGUAGACAGGGCUGUCGGACGGCUGCUGUAGGCCUGAGGUAGCCAGGCGGCCUUUGGAGGAGGCAGCCGUGUGUGCAUGUGUGCGUGUGCGUGCGUGUGUGUGUGUCUCUCUCUCUCCCCCUCACCUCCAGGUGUUGUUGCCAUUUCUCUGCUUAGCCCUCACCUUCAGUGCAGAGGUUUUGUGAGUAUUGGCCCCAGUAGUCAGAGCCAGGUUCUCGCUGUCAGUGUACUUCCUGUGUGCUCUUUGUUUCUAGCAGAGUGGGGAUGUGUUCUGCACGUCUUGCUAUUUGAGCAUGCACAGCUGCUUGUCCUGUUCUCUUCGGGAGGCCCUGGUGCCAGGCAGGUUUGCCCGUGAAGACUUCUUGGAUAGUUCAGAUCCUGUGUCAUGUCAGCGGAUGUUUGGGCAAGUGACGUCAUCCUCUCUUCAGCCCCCAGUGCUAUUUUGUGUUGAACACAAUUGAUACUCCAGGUGCUUUGGAUGUGAAAACCGUGAAAAAAUGGAACAGAUGGAUGUAUAGCAUUUUCGUUCUUGCCAUCUUUCAACAAACUAUUUUGGGGGAGCUAACGUGGGAAAGAUCAGGACUUUCCCCAAGAAUAUCCCAAACUUUGGAAAACAAGUUGUUCUCUUUUCUCCCACUAACCAAUGCCAAGAAAUGCUGAAAAUAAAAGUGAAAAAUAAACAUCAUGAGGCCAGAAACUCCUUUUGCUAUCUUUCUCUAAAUGUAGUUUUAAAAAAAAAAAUAGUAAUAAGGUGUCUUUUCCACUCCUCUAUGGAAAAGGGUCUUCUUGGCAGCUUAACAUUGACUUUUAGGGCUUGGUUUGGGGAGAAAUAAGUUUUGUUUCAGAAUUUUAUAUAGCGUAGGAAUCCUUUGAGAAUGUGAUUCCUUUUGAUGGGGAGAAAGGGCAAAUUAUUUUAAUAUUUUGUAUUUUCAACUUUGUAAAGAUGAAAUAUCCUCAGGGGUGGAGAAGAGUUGUUUUCAUAAUUUUCUGAAUUUUAGGCAUUUUGUGCUACAUGAGGGCCCACAUAUUUAAGUCUUUUGUGUAAUAAGAAAGUGUAAAGCCACUUCCAGUGUUGGCCGUGUGACAAAAUCAUGUAUCUGGGCCAGUGUGUUUCCAUUUCUCUGUCAGCGCAGUGCCGCACGCACUCCAGAAGGCCAGGGUAGACCCCUGAAUCAGCUGGAGCGAAAGGAAGGAGGCAGGCGAUGGUGGUCCCACCUCCCCGGGAUUCUCCCCUCUUUCAAGGAAAGCGAACGUAAAGGCCUCAUCUCCUUUAUAUGCACUUCAAAUCCUCCCCAUCCACAGCAAGAUGAAUUUUAUCAGCUAUGUUUGGUCGUAAAUGCUAGUGUGAUUUCCUAUAGAAAUACUGCUCUGAAUAUUUUUUAAUAAAGAUCUUUGCACAUGUGACCACAUACGUGUUAGGAGGCUGCAUGCUCCAGGAGCCUGGACUCUAAGCUGGAGCUCUCGGAAGAGCUCUUUGGUUUCUGAGCAUAAUGCUCCCAUCUCCUGAUUUCUCUGAACAGAAAACAAAGGAGAGAAUGAGGGAAAGUGCUAUUUUAUUUGUAUUCAUGAACUUGGCUGUAAUCGGGUAUGCCAUAUAGGAUGUCAGACAAUACCACUGGUUAAAAUAAAGCCUAUUUUUGAAA